UAUCUUAGCUAUGUAUUAAUAUAUUCAUUUGAGAUUAAAAUAUCGUUUAACUUUAAUUUUUUGUUCGUUCAAGUUUCAAACAAAAGUUGAGAGUUUCCACCCGGACACCAAACAGAGACGUACCAGUGUGACGCUGUGUGGCAGUCAGACCGGUCCGGGUGAAUAAGUGGGGCAAAGGUCCAGCAGGCAGCAGCAGUGACAGCAGCACACAAACACCUCUCACAUCUCCACAGUCGACCAGCAGAGCGGGAAGUCAAAAUGUCCAAACAGCCGCAGCCGAUCAGCCCCAUGAAGAACUUCUUCGCUGGAGGCUUUGGAGGGGUUUGCCUCGUCUUCGCCGGACAUCCACUCGACACCAUUAAAGUGCGUUUACAGACUCAGCCCAAACCCAAACCGGGAGAGAGCCUCAUAUAUAAGGGAACCAUUGAUUGUUUCAAAAAGACCUUAGCCCAAGAGGGUAUGAAGGGGCUCUAUAAAGGCAUGGCCGCCCCCAUCAUUGGAGUCACACCCAUGUUCGCCGUCUGUUUCUUCGGAUUCGGGUUGGGCAAGAAGCUACAACAGAAAACCCCUGAUGAUAUCCUGACGUAUCCACAGCUGUUUGCUGCAGGAAUGUUGUCGGGCGUGUUCACCACGGCCAUCAUGACUCCUGGAGAGCGCAUCAAAUGUCUUCUACAGAUCCAGGCAUCAACAGGAAAGGUGAAGUAUGAAGGACCAAUGGACUGUGUCAAACAGCUUUACCGUGAGUCUGGGAUCAGAGGAAUCUACAAAGGCACCGCUCUGACCCUGAUGAGAGACGUUCCGGCGAGUGGGAUGUACUUCACGUCCUACGAGUGGUUGAAGAACCUCCUCACACCACCAGGAAAAAGCCAUAGUGAACUCAGCGUUCCCAGCGUGCUGUUCGCUGGAGGGAUGGCCGGGAUCUUUAACUGGGCUGUUGCGAUUCCAGCUGACGUGCUUAAGUCUCGUUUCCAAACAGCUCCUGAAGGAAAAUAUCCCAACGGUUUCCGGGACGUUCUGCGGGAGCUGAUCCGGGAGGAGGGCGUGGGCUCUCUCUAUAAGGGCUUUAAUGCCGUUAUGCUUAGGGCGUUCCCCGCAAACGCAGCUUGUUUCUUAGGUUUUGAGUGUGCAAUGAAGUUCCUGAACUGGUUAGCACCGAACCUGUGAUGAAGGCUCAGCGUCGCCUCGCCUGUGAAUCCCAGGAACCUCUUGAAGACACCGGAGUCAUCAGCAGCGCAAAAACACACACACAGUGAAUCAAAACCAAGAGAUUUUAACCUUUUUUCCGAUAGCGUACUUGCUUAUGUUCGAAACCAGGUGGCACUUCAGAGCACGCCGGAUCAUUUAGAGCUGCUGAGAGCUCAGAGCAGAGAUGUUGUGACGACUCUGCACCUGUGCCAGUACACACACACACACACACAGAGACACACACACACAGACAGUCGAAUGUUCUCACUCUUUUAUGCUUUACUGGUUUUUCGAUUUGUUUAAAUUGUGUUGUUUUUGUACGAGACGAGGAGUGACCUGAACAUGCCGUGCCUUACCUUUUGUUAUCUGCGAGCAGGUGUACAUAUCAGGGAAAAGGUGCAUUUUGUUGUACUGUGUGUGUUCAGUCUCUCAGCAGCAACACGCACCUCUCAACCUGUCUGCUGCCUCCCGUGUGUCACACUAACUACACCUCCUGUUUGUUUAACUGUAAUUAAUGAGCGUAGUCGUAAUGAGAUUGAUUGAACAGUACGUGAAUGUCAGCAUGUACAGGAAUAAAAAAGCAGAAUCCAUAUUUAAAACUUCA